UGCAACCCCGCCCUACCCCAACCCCCUCUCUACCCCCUUGGGCUUAGGAAGAAAUAAUAAGCGGAGAAUAACAAGAAAGGGAAAGGUCUUCUGUCCCCCUUCUCUUUCUUCUCUUCUUCUCCCUUAUUCAAAAUUCGAAGGAAAAUCUCUUGACUUCCUCCACUCGAAUUUGUUGUUUUAAUUGGUAUGGAGCAGCUCGUCAAUUUCAUCAUUCGCCCACCGAGAGCUGAUUACAGCCCAAAAAAUGAUUUGUUGGAUCAGGAGUUUAUGCUAAAGGGACGUUGGUACCAAAGGAAGGACUUGGAGGUUAUAAAUGGUCAAGGAAAAAAGCUUCAGUGCAGUCAUUAUGUGCCACUUGCGAUGACAGAAGGAAAGACCCUUCCCUGUGUCAUAUACUGUCAUGGGAACAGUGGGUGCCGGGCUGAUGCUAGUGAAGCUGCCAUUAUUUUGCUGCCUUCGAACAUUACAGUGUUCACACUUGAUUUUUCAGGUUCUGGACUCUCUGAAGGAGAACAUGUCACUCUUGGAUGCAAUGAAAAAGAUGAUCUUCGGGCUGUGGUCAAUUGUCUGCGCACGGAUGGAAAUGUUUCUUGCAUUGGAUUGUGGGGGCGCUCAAUGGGCGCUGUUACCAGCUUGAUGUAUGGAGCUGAAGAUCCUUCUAUCGCAGGAAUGGUACUUGAUAGACCAUUCUCUAAUUUGGUGGACUUGAUGAUGGAACUUGUAGAUACAUACAAAUAUCCCUUUCCAAAAUUCACUGUAAAGCUUGCAAUACAACAUAUGCGGAGGAUUAUCAAGAAGAAAGCAAACUUUGACAUCAUGGAUCUAGACACAGUUCAGGUGGCGAAGUGUUGUUUUGUCCCAGUUUUGCUAGGGCAUGCCAUUGAUGAUGAUUUUAUACAUCCUCAUCAUUCAGAACGCAUAUAUGAUGCAUAUGUUGGAGACAAAAACAUUAUUAAAUUUGAUGGGGAUCACAAUUCUCCACGCCCGCAGUUCUACUUUGAUUCAAUAACCAUUUUCUUCCAUAAUGUAUUAAAUCCUCCAGAGGAUGCUUCGGAUGAACAAUAUUUUCGCACAAUGCAUGAUUAUUUUGACCAGGAUAAUUGGCAUAACAUACAUGAAGCAGAAUAUCGAAACCACAAUUUUGCUGUACCACUUCCAGAACUCGCAACUGGCAGUACAGAAGAUGCUAUUACCCAACUUCGAUCUAGGAGGCCUAUGAGUCGAACAGAGGUCCCAACUGAUAUAUCCUCCCAAGAUAAACUUUUCAGAGCUGAGGAAAAUGGAAGUGGAUUUGACCUUGGUCCAUCUUCUUCUAGAAUUUAUAGUUCUAACCUUUCAAAUGGCUACCAACGUGGUCAGCUCAUUCCAUCCGCAAAUGAUGAAGAAUUCAUUGAUUAUUCAUUUGACAGCUUAUCAGACAUACCAUGCAGCAUGGAAGAUGAAAAAAGGAUGUUCAUGGAAGCAAUCAUAGAAUCCCUGAAGGACCUGGAGAUGAGGCAGCCUCAAGAUCUUCCAUCCAAUUUAGGGACUGCAACAUCUGUGUCAUUGGAUGCCAUGGAUCCUGUGACUGCAGACUCUAAUGCGCCAUUGGAGACAGUAGGGACCUCCAUGCUGGAAAGCAAUGAAGAUGCCACAAAAGCUUGCACUGCAGGGUCUAAUGGGGCAUCAGAGGCUGUAGGAAGCUCCACACCGUCAAGUACCAAUUUGGACUCAACUGUGGACCCAGCACUCAGCAGUCAAGGAUCGCAUGCCAUGGAACCAACAAGUGCCAAGAACUCCUCAAGUAGUGAUACUGUGUCUGGCACUGCUUGUACUUCAGCGGAUGGUAGCAGCUCAAUACAGGAUGCUGACAUGGCAGCCGGAACACGAGCCACAUUGAUAGUACAGAAGAACCCAGCAAGCCACAUCAUGGAUGGAUUGGCACACCGCUGGGGUCUGAAGUUCUUCAGGAGUAACAGAUGAGAUUGGAUGAUGAUACUGUGGGUUGCCAAAUCACUGCUUGUAUAAUGUAGUGUUACAUAGUUUUUGAUUUUUUGACAGGUGAUUAUUGUUAUUUUUUCCCUCGUUGUUUGCACAAUUUAUUUAUUAUUUGUAAAGGGAAGAAGGAAACUAAGUGUGAACUACUUUAAUCGAUGAUUCUGUAACGUCUGUGAAUAUGAACAUGGGAUUUCUCCAGA